AUGCCGUCUGUCCUUGAGAAAUCAUCAUCAAUACCAUUCCGAUACCAUUUUCUAAAUCCUACUUGGAAAACCCUUAGAAAUUUUGUAUUCUUAUCACUUACUCUCGCAAUAAUAAUCUUUCUUAAUAAUCCUCAAACUGAAUUAAUAAUAAAAAAAUCCCCGUUACAUCAAGAAAGUCAUACCAACAACGUUAUAAUAGUUGUCGAUGGAAAAAAUCAAGCUACAAGUUUACAACCAAUGUAUUGUAAAUUAUCAAAAAAGUCUGGUAAUAAUAUAUUUGUUAAUGUAGUAGUUACUGGUAAAGAACGUGGGAUGUGCGGAGAAGAGUUUAAGGAGCUUAAUUCUAAAUCAUCUAAAUGUAGAGUAUCCGUGCACGAUUUGGAUAUUAAAAAUAGUUCACUAAGCGAUGAUGCAAUUUUGUCGUCUGUAUUUAAAGAAACAAUUCACGUGAUAAAUAAGAUCAAACCGGUUGUAUUGAUUUAUGCAAAAGAUUUAAAGGAUAAAGUUAUGCGUGGAGUUGAUGCUGCUACAUUAGCGACAUCUCAAUUAAAUGAAAAAUUUACUAAAAUUGCAAUACCUAUUGAAUAUAUUAAGAACGUAAAGUUCAUAGCAGAUUUGCCAGUUGAAGCACUUAAACACUGGAAUACGCCAAAAUUUCAUAUACAAGUAGUCACACAAAAUCGUCCCGCUUCUUUAAAGCGUCUCGUUGACUCACUUAAUUCAUCAAUUUAUCUUGGUGAUAAUGUACAUCUCACCAUAAAUAUUGAUGAGGAUGCUGAUCCAAAAACUCUUGAAUAUACUCGAAAUCUUGAAUGGCGUUUUGGUGAAAAAAAAGUUCGUCAUAGAUUAGUUCAAGGUGGAUUGGUUGCAGCUAUUGUGGAAUCUUUUUAUCCUGCUGAUAAUGAUGAUUAUGGUUUCAUUUUAGAAGAUGAUAUUGAACUUUCACCAUUUUAUUAUAUUUGGGCAAAAUAUAAUAUUUUAAAGUAUAGAUAUGGUCCUGAUCGAAUUUUAAGUAAUAGAAUGUUUGGUGUAAGCCUUUACAAUUCAAAACAUAUCGAAUUAACUUUGCCUAAACAUAAACAAUUUAAUGCUGCACUUGUUUUGGAUCCUACACAAUAUGAUAGACGAAGUCCAUACCUUUGUCAAAUACCAUGUAGUUGGGGUUCAGUAGUAUUCCCUGAAAUAUGGCGUGAAUUUCAUCAGUAUAUAACUGCUCGAUUAAAGGAUAUUAAUGGACCUAAUUUACAGGAAGUUAUUGUUCCUGAUAGUCGUUCAAAUAGGUGGCAUAAUUCUUGGAAGCGUUUCUUCAUUGAACUUAUUUAUCUUCGAGGUUAUGUAAUGCUCUACCCAAAUUAUAAUAAUUUCGUCAGCUUUUCAACUAAUCAUCAUGAAGAAGGUGUACAUGUUCAUCUAAAAGGUGGAAAACCCAGAAAAGGAUUUCUAUUACCACUAAUGAAAAAAGAUACUAUAUCUGGAGGAUUACCAAAGGGUGGUUUACCCGAUUAUAGAAAUUUACCAAUAAUGGAUCUUUUCGGUAGAGUUGUAACAUUAAAAAAGAUCGUCGACCGUGGACAUGAAUUACAUAACCAAAUUUCAUUAUGCCCUCCUAGUAAUUCAGCACCACUUACAUAUGAUCCUAAAGAUCUAUUAUGUAUAGAUGAAAAGAAAAAAAUUCGUGAAAAUUCUACAAGUAACGAUCAGAAUUCAAAUCUAAAUAUUAAUAUUAAUUUACAUGUUGGUGAAAAAGAUAAUGAAAAAGUUGGUGAAAAUAAUGAUGAAAACACUUCUCAUGUUGAAAAAUCUAAAUCAAAAAAGUCAAAAAAGUCAAAAAAGCACACAAAAAAGUCGAAACAUUCAAAAAAAGCAAAGAAUAAACUUAAAAUAAUUCCGAAUAACGAUGAAAUUGAUGUAAAUGAUGAAAAUGAUAAAGAUGAAGAAAUCGACGAAGUGGACGAUGGAGCUAUUGGAUCAUUUCACCGACGUAUUAAAAAUAUUAGACAUCUUAAACAAAUUAAACAAAUUGAACAAAUUAAACCUAACUUAGAAUCUGCUAAUUCCAAUUCUAAAUCGGCUAACCUUAACAUGGCUAGAAAGGGAUGA